AUGCUGGCAGCCAAUCGACUCUUGGUCGGCAAAUCACUCCUACAGAAGCAUCGUCCCAAUUCUGCAUUGAAAUGUCGUUUCUUGUCUCAAAUGUCCGACAGCGGGAAUGAGGUGGAAAGUGCUGCUGGAAGUUCGUCCGACGAAGGUGGUGAAGCUACAACAAGCACUCCAAUCUUUCCCUGGAGACACGAAGAAGACAAGCUUGCUCGAUUUAUCCCAGGAACAGAGGAACAUGAGACCAAAGGCCACUUGCUGAGUACUGCGAACACUCCUUUGGGAAAUUCUACGCUGAAUGCCAUGACAACCUCGUACAUGUUUCUGGACCUUCCCAUUUGGCAGCUACUCUUUUUCAGCCACUUCAAGGCAGAGUUGACCGAGUCUGUCUCUUGGGCUUUUGUGCAGGGAGUGAACAGCUUGCUAUUGAAACUUGCUAAUGAACCAAAUCCAAAAGAUGUCAGUGAUGAGAUUGAUUUUCAGAAAACGCUCAGCAAACCAGAAGAAGAAUCAUCGGAAACUCCAGACUUGCAAGAGCUGGACUUUAUUUUGGAGAAGCAGUUGCUAAAUCUGUACCAGUCAUCUGCCAGUAAUCUUGCAGACGGAAAUGAAAUCUUCUUAAAGAGCAAACCAUAUUCAGCUGAGUUGGUAUCACUGUAUUGCAUCCCAUACAUUUCAAGAUCCAACAUUCUUAGCAAUCCAAGUUUAUUGACAUUCUACAAGAGCAUGCUAGAGAAGAGUGCGGUGGAGAAACAAGCAGAUCUUGCCCAACUUCGAAAGGAGCAUCUCGAAACUGGGAAAAUGGAGAGCACUGUUAUUGCACAAGUAUUGGUCUGGUGCAAGGAACGAUUUUAUGUGAAAGAUGCAGCUAGCGGAACAGUAGUACAGGGAAACGAAGACGACGGAGAAAAGGACGUCCCUCAUCUUGUUCGGAUGGAAAUGAUUGUCAAGACGGCGAAGGACUCAAGCUUUGGAAAUUUCAGAAAUAUACAUGGCAACUGGAUCAUUACCGACAUUGAUGAUUUGGUGGGCGGUAAUCUAGUAGUGUAA